AUGCUUAUAACAGAAUCGUUUCACUCUCAAUUGGGUCUGCGACUCCUCCAUCGCACUAGUGACUACGACUGUGACUCUUCCACCACACCUGUGACUGCGUCCCGCCUCACCUCUCUGGCCUCUACCUUAAUAGCUUCAUCGUUUCAAUUAGAUUUUUCUUUUCAGUUAGAAAUUGAUAUCUUCAUUCCCUAUACUCAAUCGAGAGUCAAAACCAUUGUGGUGGUUGUGGCGAAAUCAAAAUGCGGGUUUGAACCACUAUGGCGAAAUCAAAAUCCAGUUGAUGAAGCCAUUGAAGACGGUGCUACACCUAUGCCGUUGAGCCUUAACAAAACUUUAGAUGUUCAUUGUAUGAUCGAUGUCAUGGAUCAUAUGCUUGCAUGUGAGGUACUACUGGCACUUGAUAAGAUUGAACAAAAUGUGGAGUUAACAUAUGAGGUAAGGAGCCGUAUUAGAAGUAAUCUUGGAGAUGUUGAGUUGGCAGCAGUUCAAUGUGGAUCUGGAAAUGCUAUUGGUAAUAAGGAGUCAAAUGCUAGACAUGCUUCCAAGUACCUUAAACAAUUCCCAUUCAACACCUUCAAUGGUGAAAGUGAAUAUCCUGAUAUUGCUUCUGCCAUUGAUGCAUUACGAAAAUCUCCAGCAGGAUUAUAUCUUGUAUUAUCUGAAACACUUUCUUCAGGUGUUGACUAUCACCAUGCUAGUCUUACAAUUGAAGAAAGAGAAAUUGUUGAAAAAUGUUAUCGUAAGGGUCUAGUACAUGUGUUAACUGCCACAUCAACAAUAGCAGCUAGAGUGAAUCUUCCUACAAGAAGAUUUAUCUUCAGACAACCUUGUAUUGGUCGUUAUUUUUUAGAUGGGAUAAGAUACAUACAAAUAUCUGGGCGGACGUGUUGCAUCGGAAUUGAUACAAAAGGAGAGAGUGUUGGAGAUCAAAACAGGGGGUAUCUGUUGGAACUUAUGUUGACAAAGCUUUGGUAUGGAGCUGGUGAAGGCAGGGUGGAGUUUUCAAAAAGAGAAAGUUCAGGGUUAAGCUGUGGGAAAAGUAACCCCACUCAUGGUCUUCAAAUUGUUGGAAUGAGUGCCACUUCACCUAAUGUCAAUGAAGUUGUUGAUUAG